AUGGCAUAAAUUGACCCUGCUUAUUUUGAGAAAUUAAAAGAGGCUUUGAAUAAUUUCUUACAAAAUAGCAGAAAUAGUAAUGAAAUGUUUUCAGAAAGGAAUAUAUAUGAAAUUCGUGAUAGAUUAGGAAGAAUUUAAGAGGAAUCUCAUACAGAGAGAAGUCGAGAUCCUAAUCAUGUAUGAAUAUUUAUAAUUCAAAAUAUAGUAAAAUUUAUAGAGUCACCAAAAAUGGUUUAUUGACAAUAGCUUAAACUUCUUAGUUUACGUAUUGAUGCAUGUAGAUCCUUAAACAAGUCGAAAUGUAAAGUUCAAUAUUAGAGCCGCCACAGUUGAAUUACUACAGAAAAAGAUUCUAUUAUAACACAUGACUUAGUUAGUAGUUGAUCAAUUAACAGUAGUAUUAGAGAAAGACAAUGAAAAUAAUGCAGCAAUAGCCAUAAGAAUAAUGAAUGAUUUACUUAAGAACAAUUAAUAGUAAUCACAUCAAUACUAAAGAUCUAAUAGUAUUUUCACGGAUGCAUUACUUCUAAAAUUAUACAACUUUUUUGAAUAAAGAAUCGAAUUCUUAGUUAAAUUUAAUAAUGAACUUAAGAGAUCUUAAUAUAAGAAAUUAAUUGGUGAUAAUUAAAUAAAUCCAUUUCAUGAUUAAUCUUAUGUUUUAUCAUAUGAUAAUGAUGAUAAAAGAGAAAAAGACAUCCGUUUAAAUAUCCAUAGUUUAUCGUUUGUGACCAAUAUUCCUCCAUUUUUCAUUUACACUAUUUUUGUGCUUGAUUCCAUUGUUAGAGAUGAGGUAAAAAAGACAAUAAAAGCUAGACCAAAAUAUAAAUGAGAGAAGUCUUAAAGAGAGCACUCAAAACUAUGAAUUAAGUUAUCAAUGAAACCAACUUCUAAGACUUGUUGCAAAAAGUACCCAGAAACAUAGUCCAUGAAUUAUACAAUGCUUAUUCCAAGUUUUUAUAAUUGUUAGCAUUUACAAUCAAAAGAGAUGAAGGUUAAGUAUAAUCUUAAUCCAGAAUUAUUAAAGAAUUAUCUGAUACAAUUAAAUUAGAUUAAGUUGUAGCAAUUAUUAUCAAAACACUUAAACAUUGUCCAGUUGACAUUAUUCCUAUCAGAAUUGAUAUCAGUAAUCGACUUAAAUAAGCCAUGACUUAAAAAAGAGAUCCUAUUUAACCAAAUGAAAUACAAGACAAAAUUAAUGAAAUUAAUGCUAAUCUUAUUGAAUUAAUUGAUGAAGAAACUAUUGUUGGCAAAAAUCUCAAAAUACCUCCUUUCCAAAAAACUAUCAUAUAUUAAAAUUGGUUAGAUAUUAUUAAACAUCUUGUAUAAAGCUAUCUGCCUAAAUAUGAUUAAUCUACUUAAUAAAUUACUAAUCUAGAAAAAAUGCAAACAGAUUUUAUUAAUAAUUAAAUUUAUAUGGAAAAAAUAUUCAACACUAUUUUUAAAAUAUUAUUUGAUUCCUCAUUAUAAUUACCUAUUCAUGAAAAAGCCUUAGAAUUAAUUAAAAUAUUUUUGGAAUAUUUUAUAAAAUAACCAGCCUAUUUUGUAGAUAAAAAUUUACUUUAAUUUUAUGUUGAUCAACCUUAAUAAUAAUAAAAUGAAUCUAUUUUCAAAGAAGUUACUACACAUAGUCCAAAAUACAAAUUACUUGAUCGAUUAUUCUAAAUGAUUGGAAUGAAAUUAAAUUAAAUUAGAAAAUAGAUUUAAUAAAUUAAGGAAAUGCUUAUUCGAACUUAAAGAUGGGGUCUUUCAAAAAAGACAACUCCAUAAACACAUGUUGCUUCCAUUCCUUGUAAUACUCAAUCUCUAAAUGAAAAUUACAUCUCUUAAUUAGAACAAUACAUUCUAGAGUCAGAUAUUGAUAUUGAAUAAAACAUUAUAACUCAAUAAGAUUAGGCAGCCACCUAAGUUUAUACAUAUGAUGAUGAAGAAGAAUUCUAAAUCAAUUCUAUCAGUAUUAGUACUUAUUAUUAAUAUGUUGAAUUUGCUAAAGAUUUGAAAUCCAAAAUCUUUGAUUAACUUAAUGAUAUCUUAUCGAAGUUAUUGGUAUUUGUUACAAAUACUAAUAAAGAAAUUGUGAAUAAAUAAAAAAGCAGACCUAAUUAUACCAUUCCUCAAAGAAAUAGCCCUUUAAAUUAAAUAACUAGUGAAAAUAGACCUUAUCUCAGUAAUUUAUAAUGCCAUUAUAUGUCUAAGAUUAUGAAAAAUGGACUAAUGAUAUUUGAUGAAUUACAUGAUCAUUAAAGAAAUCACUUUGAUAUUCUUGAUUAUAAGAAAAAGACCAUUAUUUAGUUUAUGCAAUUCUUUAUUUAAUUUUAAGAUCCUAUCAAUUUUAAAAAUAUUUUUGAACCCAAUUCAAAAUUAAUUUUAAAAAUUUCUGUUAAUUUGAUCAAGACUUGCCCUGAAUCCAAUUGUUUACCUUAUCUACUAUAGGAAUUUUUAUAAAUUCUUAGUCCACAAACAGAUCCUUAAAAUCCACAUAAACAAUCAAUCAAAUUUUAUAUAGAAUUUCUAUUACAUUUGUAUUUAAAAGAAUUGUAAACAACUCCAGAAUUACCAUCAAAAUUUGGAUAUUAUAGAGGAGAAUAAUGGAUGAACAAUUAAAUUUAGUAAAAAGAUUAAGAUGAAUACAUAUCUUUAAUAUAAAAACUAUUAAGAAUUCCAAUAAGAUUAUUCCCUAGAGUAAAAUGUUAAUAAAAUGAAGAACCUAUAGUAAAACCAUUAGUAAAAUAGCUAAUACUAUUUUUUGUAAAGAAAUCUCAUGAAACAUAUUACCCUAUUGAUUUUUUAGGUUUAUUAUUAUCAUUAGUCAAAAGAAUCUAAAAUAAUGAUCAAGGAGAGGGAUUAUCAAAAUAUUUCUAACAAUUAUGUGAUAGAUAUGAUAGAAAUGAUAAACAAUAAAUGAUGCAUAGAUAAUAAUAUGAAUUAUAUCACAGAUUAAAUUUAAGUGGAGUCAAUAUUGUAUUAAAUAUGUUUGAGUUAUUUCAAACAGGAAUUGUCGAAAUUUAAGAUAUUGUUGCAGAAGUUAUUGCCAAUUUUCCAUUUUAAAAAACACUUUAAAUUAAUUUAGCAAAAUAAUAUCCAGUUUUUGCACAAUGUCUAUUUCGAGCAUUACAUAACAUAUCAACUAUUGAAAAUUAAGUAAUUUAAAAAACAUUAAUGAUUUUGGAAAAUAUAGUAACAAAUUUAAGCAUGGAAGAAAUGAAAGAAUUCUUUGGAGAUCUUCUAUAACAAUUUAUAGAAAAAUUGCUUACUUUUCCAUCUGAAUACAAAAUGGCUGAUAUUUAUUAAAAUUCAAAAUAAGUUAAUUUAUUUUAAGAUCCAUCUUUUAAAUCUUUAAAAAUACUUUCAAAAUUAGGAUCUUUAGUUCGUAAAUUAGAAUGGCCAAUUGAAGUUAAAAGGAAUCACACUGACAAUCCUUUUAAAAGAAAUUAAUAUUUGGAAGUAUAAAUAGAAGGAUUAUAAACAUCACUUAAAAUUAAUCUUAACGAAACUGUACGAUGUGCAGUAGAAAUCUUAUAGAAUGUUUUAGAACAAUAAUUAGCAACAUAUUUAUUUAAAUAAUCAUCAAUUUAACAUAGUUAUUCUAUAGUGAAAUAAGUGCUUUUGGGAUACUAUUAGAUGCCAAUUUAAUUUGAUCAUGAUUUGUAUAAUUACUAAAUACCUUAAGGAAUGGCAUUAGAGAUGAAAUUAUAAUCACGUCAAUGUGAAUAGGAUUAAUUGAUUUAUUAAGAUGAUGAAUUGAUAUCUGCAGUUACCAAAGUAUUCAUUGGUCUAAGUAAUUUUCAUAAUAUAAUACAAACUAUGACAACUGCUACAUUCCAUAAGAUAAAGGAAGACGUUGAAAAUGUAGUAACAACAUUGUCUGAAAUGUUUUUCAUAUAAUUAGCUGAUGAUCAUUGUGAAAUGAUAGAAAAAAUUAUAUCUGAUAAACCAGAUAUUAAUUCUCUAUAUGCUAUGACUGAGUAGAUAGUGUAAAAUUAUUUAAUCGAAAAACCUUAGUCUAUUAGAUGGAUUUCUUAUCUUUUUAGGGGAUUAAACAAAAGAUAUAUGUUGACAGCAGAAGAAAAUAUGAAUUUCAAAGAUUUCUAUGUGCAAUAACAUGAAUUCAUUUGGAAUAAACUUUUAAUGGGUAAUUGUUUGAAAAAAUACAAAAAAAUUAUGGAGAAACAUAUGGUAAAUAAUUAAAAUUUAAAAUGGGCAUAUGAUGUUUAUUAUUCUGUUGUUAUUAGAUUAUUUGAAGAAUUUGUGUAUGAGAAAUUUGGUAAACAAACUUAGUUGUAAAAGGAGGAUGAUAGGCGUCGUAAAAUAAUGAUAGUUUAAUGUAAAAUAUAAAAAAUAAUUUAUUUUAGCUUAUGGAGGUACAAUGAUUCCAUCUGAAGGAUUGAAUUGUAGAUCUAUAUCAAUAGAACUUUUAAUAGAGAUCUAAAAUUUACUGCCAAAAUUUGAUGAUUACUAUACUUCUUCAUAAAUUAUUGGAUUACCUUACAUUCCAGAUUAAAGAAUAAUUGAGUGUUCAUUUAUUCUACUAAGAUAAUUACCUGAAACAAUUAGAGUGAUUUCUUAACAACUCUCAAAAAAUUUAUUGAAUCAAACAUUAAAUUAAUUGAUCAGGAAUCUUAAUUUAGAUCAUUCUAAAUUUGAAUAUUGUCAUCAAAGUAUACUUCUUUUAUAAGUCAAAUUGAGUUGCUUUAUAAAAAUAGUAACUUAGAAUUUUUUGACUUAUAAAAGAUCUCUACUAUAGAUAUGUAUGGAUUUAUUUGAUACAAUAAUCACUAAUCAUUUUAAAGAAGAUGCUGGAUAAUUAUUCUAUAUGAAUAUUGGAGAUGAAAUGAAAUAAAAUAUUGAGGAAAAGAUAGAAGCAAUUCCGUUAGAUAAUUUAAAUGGAAAUGGACCAGGAUUUUGGGUGAAUAUUGAAUUCUCAGAAAUUCUAGUCUCUCCUUACUGUCGAAAUACUGUAUUGAAAGAUUUAGUUAUCAUUAUUAAACAAUUAUGUGAAGAAUAGAAGAUGUCAGAUAUUGUAGCAUAGAAAUAUGCUAAUGGUUAUAGAAUUCUUGCUUAUUUAUUUCGAAAAUAUGGAUUAUAUAAAUAAGGCUAAUAUCAUCUUUUUAAAUUAGUAAGUCUCAAUUAAGAACCUCAUUUAGAAUCAUAUAUAGAAGAAUAUAUAAAAAGAUCAUAUAAAAUUAUAUAAUAGAAUGAUGAACAGUAUUCCAGAUAUUGUAAAUUAAUCUUUAAUGGUGACGAAUCCUAAUAAGCAUAAAUCAAUGUAUCACAUGCUUUAGAUGAUUUAGAUUUUAAAAUAAAUAUUGAAGACAUUGAUUUUGAAAUUAAAUGGUAGAGUUAUAUGGUAGUUGCUAUUUUUGGAUUUCUUAAAUAAAUAGCAACUAUUAAUUAUAUUUUCACUAUUUAAAGAUUUCUAUAAAAAACAAUUGAUAAAACUAUUCCAUUGAAACCUUCAAUUUUAUCUAUGAAAUAUAAGACUGUUGAAAUUCUAUAUGAAGGAUUAUUGAGAGUAGAAUAAAGUAUUCGAUAAUCAGGUUUUAAAUAUUUAUAAGAACUUAUCUAAUAGGAAGGUCUAUAAAAUGAUAAAACUUUAUUUGAAAAUGAUGAUAGACUAAAAAAAGUAAUGAAACCUUUACUAACAUGUGUACAAUCAGAAAUCUUUUAUUAUGUACCAUCAUUCUUAAAAUCUUUAAAACUGAUAUUGAAAAUAUUCAGUAAAGUUUUUCAUAGAGUAUUGUCUGAUAAACUAUAAGCUCAUCUACAAAAGAUAGUAUUAGAUAACUGUUAAUAGCUACAAAAUACAAAUUAAACAUGUACAACUUUGGAAUGGACCAUUUAAUAAUAAUAAUCAUAAGAAUCAUUGAAUUUCUAGAUGGGUAUCAUCUCUGGAUUAUUGAAGUUAUUUUAACAUUUAACAUCAUAAUUAACAAAUCCAUUGAAUGGGCCUUUGAAUAGUAAUAUUGUGUAAAAGAUCAUUUCGGAUACAUAUACAUUAAGAAGAAAUUACAUUUUCAAAGUUUCACAAUAACAAUUAAAUUAAUCAAUAGAUAAACCUUUGGUUAAAUUUUUAAAUACAUUGGCAGCAAAUCAUUUUGAUGUAUUUUAAUCUUCUUUCUCUACUUCAUAAAUAAUAUAAUUUCAAAAAUAAUUAGAAAACUUGACUUAAUUAUUUUCGAAUUAGACACUUAUAAAAAACCUAUAGGAAUAAUUUAGAGAAAGAUUAUAGUAUAUAAAAACAAUAAGAUAAAUUAUAUCAGAACCAACAGCUUAUCCAUUAAGAGAGAAACUCUGUCGAGAGAAGACAUAAUUAUAUUAUAAAAUGGAACGAUUUCAUAAAACAAUUGAAGAACUAAGUAGUUCAUUAGAGAAAGGACUGUUAAAUAAUUAGACUUAACCAACAACAGAAUAAUUGUACUCUUUUCAUCAAUCUUAUAUAUAAAAGGUUAUUAAUGUGAUAAGUGAAAUUAAAAUAGAAAUAGUGCAAUUUGGAUUCUAAUUAUGUAAACGUAAUCCUUCAUGUCUUAAAAGAAAUACAUAAAUACUGGAAAAUUGUAUACUUAGCAAUAUUAAAGAUCUUUUAGAACGUUAAAAGAGUAAUAAUCAAAAUAGAACUUUUUAAAACAAUCAAUUAUAAUUUGCCUACAAUUAAUUAACACUAUCAAAUUAAUAAAUUAAUAGUCUAUUAAAUAGACAUUGUAGUAUGUUAAAGUAAUACAUAAGUCAAAAUGAAGACAGUAAAUCUGCUAUUUAAGGAAUGUUAAAAUUAAUAGUCUAUUCUACUCAUGAUAAAGUUAAGAAAUGGGUAAGGAAUGUAGCUAUGAACAAAUCAAUUGAACUUAGAAAGAGAAUUAUUGAAAUUUGGAUGGAGAAAUUUAAAUAUGUUGAAGAGGAAUCAUCAAAUUAAGUUUAAAUGACAAUUGGAUAUCAUGUAAUAUAUCCAAUAUUGUUUUAUUCUAAUCAAAGAAAUGAUUUAGCAUAGAUUAGUUCACUUUAAUUAUUUUAGAGAAUCAAAGAAAUAAAUGAAGAAUUGUUUAAAUAGUAUGGUAAGAUUCUAAGUGACAUAGAACAUCAUGUACCUAUGAAUUUUGCAUAUAAACUUCCAAAUGGUUUAACUCCGAAACUUUCAGAUGCCAAUCAUUAUUAUAAAUCAUCUGUAAUUGAUAUGUUACAAAUUAGUUCAUAUCUAAUUUGUUUCUAAGAAUAACAACUACCUUAAGAUUUAAAAAUGUCUUAUCUCUCUUUUGGUUAUGAUAUGAUUAAUAAAUCAGAUAAAUUGGUAGCUUUCUAUGCUAAUCUAUACUUCAGUAAAUAUUUGAAGAAAAAUUAAUUAAUUCAAAACGAUCCUUAAUCUGUUAAUAAGAGGAUUGUUAAAAUAUAUACAAGAGCUAUUAAAUAGUUAGAUGAAAGUGGAUAGUCAGAAUAAGAAUUAUAUAGUUUAUGUAAGAAAAUAAUAAAUGUUGUAUUACCAUGUUUAGAUGAAGUUGAUUUACAUGAUCAAAAAGAUUGGAUUUAAGCAACUUAAUAAUUAUUAAAAUAAGAAUAAAGUUUGGAUUAAGAAUCAGCUUAAAAAGUAAGUAGAUUUUGGUCAAUGUUUGUAAAGAAUCAUAAAAUAUUCUAAAAACAUCAUGAAGCAUUUACAAUACAUAUAAUAAAUUCUAUGUAGUAGAUUGGAUUUUACAAUUUAAACCCUAAUACAUCAGCUUAAAUGACACCAAAUUAUUAAAAUUAUAGACGUAUAGCAUUAGACAUGGCUUUCUUAUAAGUUGAAUGGAAAACUAAACUAAUUAAAGCUGAAAUUGCAAAUAAAUCUAAAAAAUUCAAGGAAUCAUUUUAUUAGAGUGAACCAUAACAUCAUGAUGAAGCUCUAUCUAGUGAAAUAUAUUAAUCAUUCUUUAUAAAAUAAUCUCUUAAGGCUCAUAGCAUAGAGGAUUCUGAACUUUCAAAAAGAGCAUUAUAUUUACUUAAGAAAAUAUUAAUGAUAGCUCCACUUACAAAUUAGAAAAUGAAUAUGGAGACUUUAAAAAAGAAUGUAGCUAGUCCAUUAAAUUAAGUAAUAGAAUUAACAUAAGCUAAUUAAAAUUUAAGGGGAGUUCAAUAAUAACCUACAACCUUACCUUAUUUUAGAUAUUUUAUGAUAGUUUUACAUAUUCUAAUGAUAAUAGCAGAAUUUUAAUAACCUCAAAAGAUUCCUUAAUUAUUUUAACCAUACUUUGACAUAAUUUUUAACAUGAAUUAAUUACCAGAUUAAAUAUAAUAAUAAAUAGUUCCUAGACCAAAUGCAAAUCGAAUGCCACCUACAUUGUCUAGACCUGUAAAUUAAUAAUAGAGAUUACCAUUUUAACCAGCUCUUUUAGAUAGAACUUAAUAUCAUUAAAAUGCAUUAAGUUAAGAUUAUGCUCCAUUAAUAUUUAGUAUUUAUAGUAUUUUCAGAAAACUCUUAAAAAUUGCUAAAGAAUCGUAGAAUGAUUAAAGUGAAUAGUUUUAAAAUAAUUUAUCCAAUUGGAUUAAAGAAGCUAUAUAAGGACAUCCUUAAUUUAGAAAAAAUUAUUAACCAGCUACAUUUAUGGGAUCAAGAAUAACAAAUUCAAUGGUUAAAGUCAAUAUAUUAUCGAUCUUUUUGAUGAAAUUGUUUUUUAAUCAUGAUAUAUGUUAUGCUAGACCAUUGUUACCUGCUUUGAAAAGAAUUGUAGAGAUAUUGAUAGAAUAUUUAAAAUCAAAAGACAAAGGAGAUCAAUAUUUAGAUAAUAUGUAAAAGUAUGUUAUUCCUAAAAGAAAAUUUAAUAUAAGGGAAAGAGAUAAUUUGGAUGUAAAUGCUCUAAAAUAAUAUACUAAUGCUGAUCUUACCUAAUAUUUUACAGAUUUUGCAUAAAUGAGUGAUGAUUUUCCAUUUGGAAUAAAAAAAAGUGAAGAAAUGUUAUAUUUUCCUGAAAAUUUUCCAGAGAAUCAAAAAAUAAAAUUUCAUCUAUAUAGAUCAGCUUUAUAAAAGACAAUAAAAAUGAUGGCAUAUAAUUUUGAUGAAAUAAAAGAUCAAAGAGAAUAAUUAGAAUUUUUAUAAUUAUUAAUAUAAAUUAUUGAAUCAGUUCCUGAUUAUGAACUUAAAUUGGAAUGUAUUUCAAUAAUGCGUUUAUUAUUUAUAAAUGGUAUAAUAAAUAAAGAAGGUUAUUUAAUUGCAAUAUCAAGUAAUUUAUCACCGAUAAGAUCUUAAUAAGUAAGAUCAGAAUUAAAAAAGAUGGAAGAGAAUUAAUUAUUCAAAGCUUCAAAAAUGCCAUUUGAAGUUUAAUUAAAUUUCUUUUUUGAUCUAAAUAGAUUACAAAGUUUAUUUGACAAGAAAAUUGAUUAACGUAGUUCUGAUAGUUAUGAUAAUAAUCAUGGAAAAGUAUAAGAUUUAAAAGUAUUCAAAUUAUAUUUUAUGUUCUUAUGUGAAUUAUUAUUAGUUUAUCCAUUUAAAAAAUAGUAAGGAUCAAUAAAUAGUGGUUUUUAUGUAUUAAAAAAUAUCUUUGAUAAAGGGAGUGGUUCUUUAAAAGAAUUUAGACGUAUUCUAUAAGUAAUAAGUAAACUAAGUACUUGUUUAGAUUAUUAAUAAUUCUUUUAUAAAAUGGUUUUAGAUAUUUAUGGAUAUACAUAUGAUAGAUUCUUAUAAUUUUUAUUAGGAGAUUAGACAACAAAAUAAUAAGAUCAACCUUUGUAAACUGAAGGAGAAGAAAUUAUGUUAAUGGCUAUUAAAUAUUUAAUUUUAGGAAGAGGUUCAUUUAAAUAACCAACAAAUUUUCAACUUUAAUAACCAAAUAAGAUUAUUGUUAAUUUAGUGCCUGAAAGUGAAGAUUCAAAUAUGAGAGAAUAAGUUCUUAAUAAAUAUUUAGCGAUUUAUUAUAGAAAAAAAUAAUGGUUGAAAUUAUAUAAUUCUAGUAUGAAAUUAGUAACAAGCGAGUAUUUACCUUCAAUUGUUAUUUAUAAUCUCUCUUAUAUUCCUAUAUAGGAUUAAGCUUAAUAGCCUCUAAGAGAAUGUAUAAUACCUAGUGCUGCAAUUGAAUUGAUGGGUACAGCUGGAAAUGUUAGUAGUAGAUUACUUAGACCAAUCUUCAAUUAAAUUAUCAUUAAUGAUCUUAAAACAAUUACUUAACUUACAGAAUACCUUUCAUAAUAAUCACUAUCAUAUGGAACAUAAACUACUAUAUCAAAUUACUUAGUUCAAGAUAUAUUAAGUUAAUUGUAAAACAUUCAUUAAGUGCUAGACAAUUAAUAAAUGUAAAUUAAUUUCAAUAAUCUUAUUACAUGUUUACGAUAAAAAAAUUAACUGCCCUUAGCCUAAUAUCUUUUAGAAUAGAUUCUCCAAUAUCUUAAUGAAGAUUGUGAAUAUUAUUCACUCUUAUAUGAAGAUAUUAUUGUCUAAUUAUAAGGAGUCUAUUAAGAAUAAUGGAAUAAAGCAAGUUUAUUAGGAUGCAAGUCUAUUACUGCCACUCAACCAUGGGUCAAAUAGUUAAUUUUAAUGAAUCAAUUAAGAGAACCAGCUUAAUCUUACUAAUUAAUAUUAAAUAAUUAAGACAAUGUAGAUCACUUCUGGUUGUAAAUAGAAUAAGAAACUAAUGAAGCUUAAGGAAUUUAAAAGGAAUAUGAUUAAUAAAUUAUUCAUUAGUUAUUUACUGAAUCACUUCAAUAACUCAAUCAGUGGAAUACUUUGAAGCAAGUUGAUUAGAGUAAAGUGUAAGCAGUCUAAAAUAAAAUUAUUAUGGGAUUUAGGGAAAAAUAAAGGGAAUCAACUGAAUAAGGAUGGAAAGAUCUAAACAUACUAUCUGAAAUUAAACAAAAUGCCCAUUAAAAUGAUCUCUAUUGUUAUAAUCAAGCAUACUUUAAGUUACUCGAUUUUGUAAGGGAUGAUUCUUAACAAAAUUAACAUAGUAGAAGUGGAAGUCAUGUAUUGCAAUCAAUAGAAUAAAAUCUUAAAUAUGCUUAAAUUAUCAAUUUCUAUAACUUUAUCAAAACUUUACCCAAACUGACUUAAUCUUAUGAUUAAAUGAUGUCAUCACCUUAAUUAUGGGGAUUCAAAUUCCUUAACUUUGUAUCUCAAUUCCAACUUUAUACUGAAUUAGAAGAAAGUCUCAGAUAAUAUGCAACCAGUGUUCCUACUUAUCCAAAUUAGUAAUAAACUGCUUAUGACAUUCUUCUUGAUUAAAUAUCUAACGGCUAUUAAUCUAGUUUAUUCUGCAAAAAGUACCUAUUUGAAAGACAACCAACAAUUACUGAUUAAUAAGAAUUCACAUUUGAUUUGAUUAGUUAAAGAAUGGUUCAAUUAUCAAUGUGUCUAUAACGUUACAAUGCUAAUUUAAAUUAAUUCAUUAAUGGAUAGUAACAACUCUCCACAAGUAUUACUAUAGAUUUAAAAAGCUUUCAAAUACCUAUGUUAGAUUAUAAGACUCUUUUAUAUCCUAUGAGAUAUUAUUAAUAGAAUGGAAUUUUUGAAUUAUUUGAUGAACAAACAGUUUUAAAGGAAGUUCCUAAAUCCUUAUAAGUAUUUGUUGAGAAACUUUAUCAAUUAGAGAGAAUCAAAUUCAAAACUAUGAGAAUUUAGGAUGUAGAAUAGAAUAAUUUAUAGUUGACUGAUAUUUUAAACUAUUUAAAUAUUUAAUAAUUUGUAACUUCCAGUUCAGAGGAAUUUAAAACUUAUAUGAUCAGUAAAAUAAGGAGAUUAAAAAUGAUUAAUCAAUGUUAUAAACUCCUUAGAUUGGAUCAAUAGCAAUCUGACUUAAAUAAUAACAUUAAUAAUAUGAUAACUGAAGAACCAAAAUUAGAAUAGAUGGUUAACCUGACUAAUGAAUAUUUCAUUCAAAAUUAAAUUAACUAUUAUAAAUUUUGGAGAGAAGCCUAAAGAGUCUACCAAUUAGCUCAUAAGAAAUAUAGUAAUAACAUUAAGUUUGCCUAAAAUUACAUAUAGGUUACUUCUAUCAGUAUUUAAUAUAAGCCACAAAAGUUUCCUAUAAAUGGAAUGUACAUGUUCCAUAUACUAAAUGUAACCAAUCCUAUAGACUCAAUAGUUACUGAUGCUUUCUCAUAAGUGAUUUCUCUCAUUCCAUUACAUCUAUUGUAGAGAUUCUUAAUUCAAUUGAUAUCAACAUUUUUGAAAAGUCCUUCAGAUUAAGUAAGAAAAGAUUGUAUAGAUGCCAUAAAUAAAUUGUGUAAAUAUAAUCCUUUAAACAAUCUGCAAAUUAUUUAAUAUUUAAAAUGUCUUGGUCAAUUCACUGAUGAUAGAUCAUAAUAAUUUGUGGAUCAUUUUUAAAACUCUACAAAGUUAGGUAGUAAAAUUGCUAACAUCUAUUCAUUAUCGUAUCUAUUUAAUAAUAGAUCUAAUACAUCUAGUUGGGAAAUAUUAGAAGAAUUAAUUUAUUUAUGUGGAAAAGUAUUAGAUUAAAAGUAUUUUGAAUUAAAUUCUAUAAAUGUUAAUGAGAAAUUAUUGUAAAUAAUUAAUUUAAUAUAAAAAUACCCAUAAAUAAAGGAUUAUUUGAAAUAGUCUUUUCCUGUUAAUGAUUUUCAAAAAUGGAUAAAAAAUGAUUAAUUAAAAGCAGUAACAGCAAUCUAUAUUGCAUCAUUAAAAUUAAUAUAUGGAAAAUUAUUUGGUUAAUAAAUAAAUCCAUAAGAAGAUUUUUCUGAAUAGUUGAGUCAUGCAUUAAAUACUAUGGUUUCAAGAUAAAUUUAAAUAACAUAAUUAUAUGCAUUAAAUGAUGAAUUUUUAAUAAAUUAAACUCCAAUGUUAGGAUAAGAAGGAUAAUUCAAAAGAAAUUAAUUAUUUGAAAAUAUAUACAUAUCAAGUAUAUUCCCUACAGUGAAUAUAAUGUUUUAAAGAAGAAAGAGAUUAAUAAGACAGAUUGCUUUAUUAGGUAAUGAUGAAAAGAAAUACUUUUUCCUUCUAAAAAUAAAGAAGGUAGAAAAUAAGAGAUUAAUUCAAAAUAUAUUGGAUGAGCAUAUAUCUUAUUAAUUUUUAAAGAUAACAAAUUUAUUAAAUUAGAAUUAUAAAGAAACAAAGAUUAGAAACAUUAAACAUUUUUAGAUAGAGAAAUACCUUCUUGAAAGUGAAAAAUAAUUGUAUUAAAUAGAGUCUUAUUAAGAGGAGACUCAGAAUUUGAGUAAUAUUUCAGAUUUAAUUUUAUCAUUGAAUUAUCAUAAUAGUAGUAAUAAGGAUAGUAAAGUGAGAGUACCAUAUUAUAUGUAAAUAAAAUUAUCUAUUUUUUAUAGGGAUACAAGUGAGAAUUAUACGUAGAAAUAAGAUCUAAAUAAUUAUAUAUUGAAAUUUGCAAAAACAAUAGACACUUUUGUAUAUUUGAGAAAGACAAUUGUAACAAAUAUAGGAGUUUAAUGUGCUUUAAGUUUUACAAUAGGAAAUAGUCAAUCUCCUAAAUAGUUGGAAAAUUUGUAAUUAAAUUUGAGUAAUGGUAAUUUCUUUUAGAAAAAAUAAAUAUUUAAAGUGAUUAAUUAGAAAUUAAUCCUUUAUGAUCCAUAUGCAAUAAGAUAUUCAAGGAAUUUUGAAUAUUUAGUUGGAGAAGUGAAUUUAAAUGGAUAUUUAAUUCCUGCAUUUACAUGUACAAUAAUAGGGAUUUUGAAUUAGGAGUAAGAAUUAUAUAUAAAUAAUUUUAUAGUCUUGCAGAAUAUUUGAAUGUUUUAUUUUUAUAAUUGGGAUGUAAAGAUUCAAUAGAACCAUUUAUAUAGAAAUUAAAGGAUGUUGUUUAUGAGAAUGGAAUGAUUGAUUCUAAAUGUGAUAGAUUGAUAGAAAUUUCAAAGAGUUUAUUUGGAGACGAAGAAAAAAUAAAAUAAUGGGUAAAAAGAUGGUUUUGA